AUGAAUCAGACCGAUGCUCCGCGGCCACUCAACUGGACCAUCCGGAAGCUGUGCCAUGCCGCCUUCCUCCCCUCCGUCCGGCUCCUGAAGGCACAGAAAUCAUGGAUAGAAAGAGCGUUUUACAAGAGAGAAUGUGUUCAUAUCAUACCCAGCACCAAAGACCCCCAUAGGUGUUGCUGUGGACGUCUAAUAGGACAACAUGUUGGACUGACUCCAAGCAUCUCCGUUAUUCAGAAUGAGAAAAAUGAAAGCAGGCUCACUCGCAAUGACAUCCAGUCGGAGAAGUGGUCCAUCAGCAAGCACACGCAGCUCAGCCCGACGGACGCUUUUGGAACCAUUGAGUUCCAAGGAGGAGGCCACUCCAAUAAAGCCAUGUAUGUACGUGUGUCUUUUGACACAAAGCCUGACCUUCUUCUGCAUCUGAUGACCAAAGAGUGGCAGCUCGAGCUCCCUAAACUUCUCAUCUCUGUGCACGGGGGCCUUCAGAAUUUUGAACUUCAGCCAAAACUCAAGCAAGUCUUUGGAAAAGGCCUCAUUAAGGCUGCUAUGACAACUGGAGCGUGGAUAUUCACUGGAGGAGUAAACACAGGAGUCAUUCGGCAUGUUGGAGAUGCACUGAAAGAUCAUGCCUCAAAAUCUCGAGGGAAGAUCUGCACCAUCGGUAUAGCUCCCUGGGGGAUUGUGGAAAAUCAAGAGGAUCUGAUUGGCAAAGAUGUGGUCCGACCAUACCAGACAAUGUCCAAUCCCAUGAGUAAGUUGACAGUGCUCAACAGUAUGCAUUCUCAUUUUAUUUUGGCUGACAAUGGCACUACUGGUAAAUAUGGAGCAGAGGUGAAACUUCGUAGACAGCUGGAAAAGCACAUUUCACUUCAGAAGAUAAAUACAAGAAUUGGUCAAGGGGUUCCAGUGGUGGCCCUCAUUGUGGAAGGAGGUCCAAAUGUUAUCUCCAUUGUUCUGGAGUACCUGCGAGACACUCCUCCUGUUCCUGUUGUGAUAUGUGAUGGCAGUGGCCGGGCAUCUGACAUCCUUGCCUUUGGUCACAAAUACUCUGAAGAAGGAGGACUUAUCAAUGAGUCUUUGAGGGACCAGUUGCUGGUUACCAUACAGAAGACUUUCACAUACACCCGAACGCAGGCACAGCACCUCUUCAUUAUCCUCAUGGAGUGCAUGAAGAAGAAGGAGCUGAUCACAGUAUUUCGCAUGGGAUCAGAAGGACACCAAGAUAUUGAUUUAGCUAUCCUGACAGCAUUACUAAAAGGAGCUAACGCAUCUGCUCCCGACCAGCUGAGCCUAGCAUUAGCCUGGAACAGAGUAGACAUCGCCCGCAGUCAGAUCUUUAUUUACGGGCAACAGUGGCCGGUGGGCUCCCUUGAGCAAGCAAUGCUGGAUGCACUGGUGUUGGACAGAGUGGAUUUUGUGAAAUUACUCAUAGAAAAUGGAGUAAGCAUGCAUCGUUUUCUCACCAUCUCCCGGCUAGAGGAAUUGUACAAUACGAGACAUGGACCAUCCAACACUCUGUAUCAUCUAGUCAGGGACGUCAAAAAGCGAGAAUAUCCAGGUUUCGGUUGGAUCUAUUUUAAGGGAAACUUACCUCCUGAUUAUCGGAUAAGUCUAAUUGAUAUUGGAUUGGUCAUAGAGUACCUGAUGGGAGGAGCAUAUCGCUGCAAUUACACCCGAAAGCGGUUCAGGACACUGUACCACAACUUAUUUGGGCCCAAGAGGCCAAAAGCCCUGAAACUGUUGGGAAUGGAGGAUGAUGUCCCUUUGCGGCGAGGGAGGAAAACAACAAAAAAAAGAGAAGAGGAAGUUGAUAUUGAUUUGGAUGACCCUGAGAUCAAUCAUUUCCCUUUCCCGUUCCAUGAGCUGAUGGUGUGGGCUGUGCUGAUGAAGCGUCAGAAGAUGGCCCUCUUCUUUUGGCAGCAUGGGGAAGAGGCUAUGGCUAAAGCACUGGUGGCCUGUAAACUCUGUAAAGCCAUGGCCCACGAAGCAUCAGAAAAUGACAUGGUGGAUGACAUAUCCCAAGAGCUGAACCAUAAUUCCAGGGACUUCGGACAGUUGGCCGUGGAACUGUUGGACCAGUCAUACAAGCAGGAUGAGCAACUGGCAAUGAAACUGCUGACCUACGAGCUGAAGAACUGGAGCAAUGCCACAUGCCUGCAGCUUGCAGUGGCAGCCAAGCACAGGGACUUCAUUGCUCACACUUGCAGCCAAAUGCUGCUCACAGACAUGUGGAUGGGUCGCCUGCGGAUGCGCAAAAAUUCUGGCCUAAAGGUAAUUCUAGGAAUUCUACUUCCUCCUUCAAUCCUCAGCUUGGAGUUCAAGAACAAGGAUGAUAUGCCUUACAUGUCUCAGGCCAAUGAGAUCCAUCUUCAAGAGAAGGAGCCAGAGGAACCAGAGAAGCCAGUGAAAGAAAAAGAGGAGGAAGACAUGGAACUCACUGCAAUGCUGGGACGAGGUAAUGGAGAGUCCUCAAGAAAGAAAGAGGAAGAGGAAGUUCAGAGCAGGCACAGACUGAUCCCUGUUGGAAGAAAGAUUUAUGAGUUCUACAAUGCUCCCAUCGUUAAAUUUUGGUUUUACACACUGGCAUAUAUAGGCUACUUGAUGCUCUUCAAUUAUAUAGUGUUAGUGAAGAUGGAUCGCUGGCCAUCUACACAGGAAUGGAUUGUCAUCUCAUACAUUUUCACUCUGGGAAUAGAGAAGAUGAGAGAGAUAUUGAUGUCAGAGCCUGGGAAACUGUUACAGAAAGUAAAAGUUUGGCUCCAGGAGUACUGGAACGUUACUGAUCUCAUAGCUAUCCUCCUGUUUUCUGUCGGGAUGGUGCUCCGUCUGCAAGAUCUGCCACUCCGGAGCGAUGGCCGAGUGAUAUACUGUGUUAACAUCAUUUAUUGGUAUAUACGGUUAUUAGACAUCUUUGGAGUAAACAAGUAUUUGGGACCAUACGUUAUGAUGAUUGGGAAAAUGAUGAUAGACAUGAUGUACUUUGUCAUCAUCAUGUUGGUGGUUCUGAUGAGCUUUGGUGUCGCAAGACAGGCUAUUCUCUUUCCCAAUGAGGAGCCUUCGUGGAAGCUGGCGAAAAACAUUUUUUACAUGCCUUAUUGGAUGAUCUAUGGGGAAGUGUUUGCAGACCAGAUAGACCCUCCUUGUGGUCAAAAUGAAACCAGAGAAGAUGGCAAAAUAAUCCAGCUACCUCCCUGCAAGACAGGAGCAUGGAUUGUUCCUGCCAUCAUGGCCUGUUACCUCUUGGUUGCAAACAUCCUUUUGGUGAACCUCCUCAUUGCUGUUUUCAACAAUACAUUUUUUGAAGUCAAAUCCAUAUCCAACCAAGUAUGGAAGUUUCAAAGAUAUCAGCUGAUCAUGACAUUUCAUGAAAGACCUGUUCUCCCACCACCUCUGAUCAUUUUCAGCCAUAUGACUAUGAUAUUCCAACACCUCUGCUGCAGAUGGCGGAAGCAUGAAAGCGACCCAGAUGAGAGAGACUAUGGAUUAAAACUUUUUAUAACUGAGGAUGAAUUGAAAAAAGUCCAUGAUUUUGAAGAGCAGUGCAUAGAAGAAUAUUUUAGAGAAAAGGAUGACAGAUUCAAUUCCUCCAAUGAUGAAAGAAUCCGUGUCACUUCAGAAAGGGUAGAGAACAUGGCCAUGCGACUGGAAGAAGUAAAUGAGCGAGAGCACUGCAUGAAAGCCUCUCUGCAGACCGUUGACAUCAGGCUUGCUCAGCUGGAAGAUAUGAUGGGACGAAUGGUGACCGCCUUAGAAAAACUGACCGGCAUAGACAGAGGUGAGACAACCAAGAUACGAUCCAGGACUUCAUCUGACUGUACUGAUGCAGCCUACAUUGUGAGGCAGAGUAGCUUCAAUAGUCAGGAAGGAAACACUUACAAGCUUCAAGAGAGCAUAGAUCCCACAGGAGAGGAGUCCAUGUCCCCAACAUCUCCUACAAUCACACCCCGCAUGCGAAGCCACUCUUUCUAUGCAACAAAUAUGAAGGACAAGUGUGGGCUGGAAAAGUUUGAAAGCAUUUUUAAGGAAAGAUCUCCAAGCCUGCAUCGGGCUAUCAGUUCCCACUCGAUAGCAAAAGAAGGAAAGGUUCCCUUAGCCCCCACCAGCACGUUGUCGAUUGCCCCAGACUCCAGAAGGCCUUCAUCUUGUAUAGACAUCUACGUUUCUGCCAUGGAUGAGAUGCAUUCUGACACAGAGCCUCUCGACAGCUCCAUAAACAUUCUUGGUACCGGAGAUGCAGCUCUGCAGGCUCACAUAGCCUCUUCCAUUUUAGCUAACAGUGCAUACGUUAGCGGUACACCUGGAGAAAAAAUUUCUGGCAGGAGUCUUGAUUACGAGGAAACGUCUGGAAUAGAAACAAGAGCAUUUUCUUCAGACUAUUCACAAAUCACAGAUUGCCAAAUCCCCUGGGAUUCAGACCCUCCCUUGUAUCACACUUUAGAGCGAUCUAAAAGCAGUCGUUAUCUGGCUACAACUCCAUUUAUUCUGGAGGAAACGCCAAUUGUGAAAUCUCACAGUUUUAUGUUCUCUCCAUCUCGAAGUUACUUCAGCAGUCUUGGUGUCCCAGUCAAAACAGCAGAGUACACAAGUAUUACGGACUGCAUAGACACAAGGUGCGUGAGCGCUCCCCAGGCCAUCGCAGAGAGGGCCAGUUUCCCUGGAAGUCUUGGGGGAAAAGUGGAAGACUUGGGAUGCUGCCACCCAGAGAGAGAAGCUGAACUAAGCCACCCAAGCUCUGAUCAUGAGGAUAUUGAGUCCAAAGACAAGAAGGGGGUCCUGUUACCUCCUCAAGACAGCACUGCUACAAGAACUCUGGCCAACAGCAUCCCACUUCCAAAAAUAGAGCGGGCCAACAGCUACUCUGCGGAGGAGUCUAACAUGUUGUAUGCACAGCACACACGGAAGAGCUACUCUAUCAGUGACAAACUUGACAGACAGCGAAACACAACAGGCCUGCGAAACCCCUUCCAGAGGAGUAAGUCUUCAAGGCCAGAGAGCAGAGGAGACAACCUGUCCAUGAGGAGACUGUCAAGAACAGGAGCCUUCCGCAGCUUCGAAAGCAAGCACAGCUAGGCCUAGACAAAGCUCACCAGCAGUCUAAGGGUCAUCUGCUCUCCAGUCCAUUUUUCUUAGAAUUAAAAAAAAAAACCUCACGUCACCCCUUGUCAACUCCAGUUGGCAUUAGCCACCGGUCAAGGGAGCACAUUGUCAGUCUCAGCACGGCCCACUGAGUUACUGCAUCUUGACCCAGUGGACAUUUGCACUUAAGGAAAAAGGGAGGGAUGAAAGCUUUACAAAGACUUCAGUAAACAACAGGAAUAACAGCCCCCUUUAUGAAGUCACAAGAAAAAAAUGAGCAGAUUCAGAAAUCUGCCUUUUAUUAGAAGGCAUCCUAAGAUCUUUGAUCAUUAUUCAAGUUUUUAGGAUGCAGGAAUUAACUGGCAAAAAGAGAUGUACAAAUUAGAUGUUCUAAACUUCAAUCACGACUUCUUUUUCAUCUGUUUCAC